CAGAUAGAAACUCGUAAACAACUCAGUUAGGUUGAGUUUUCCUUCUCAUGCAAGAACACCUUUAUCUCCUGUUUGUAGACAAAGGCUCUACCGAGACAUCAAGGAGGUAGCUCCAGAUUGAUGGAGAACAAUGGCACGGAUAUCGUUGGACUGUGUGAACUCUUUACCAGGGAUCCCCCUGAGUGUCCUGUCAGUGCCCAUGGAGAACAAAUACAAAUGUCAGCAGUGUCUCCAGGUCCUGAGGAAGCCUGUUCAGGCUCAGUGUGGCCACCGCUUCUGCGUUUACUGCUUCAAGCAUCUCACCAGUUCUGGGCCAAAGCCUUGUGAAGCCUGUCGCCAAGAGGAAAUGUUUGAGGAGCCUACGUCCAUUCUCAACAGUAAUGAGGCAUUUCCUGACAAUGCAGCAGGCCGAGAGAUUGCAAGUCUGCCGGCCAGGUGUUUGAAUCAGGGCUGCAACUGGACAGGCUCAAUAAAAGAGUAUGAGGCACAGCAUGAAGGCCGCUGUGAAUUUGAGCGAAUACAGUGCAAGGCCUGCCAAGCCUGGGUCGUCCACACAGAGAAACAGCGACACGAUGAGAGAGAGUGUGAGGCGAGAACACUCAACUGCAAGUACUGCAAGAUGACGUUCAACUUUAAAGAAAUUAAGGCCCAUGAUGAAAUCUGCCUGAAGUAUCCUUUACAAUGCAAGGACUGUGGCAAGAAGAAGAUCCCAAGAGAAAAGUUCGGUGAUCACACCAGGACCUGUACCAAGUCGAAGAGUGCCUGUCCAUUCAGUGAAGUGGGCUGCAAAUCUGUGAUAGAUAAUGGAAAACUCGGUGACCACGAAAACAGCAGCACCAUGGAGCACUUGCGCCUGCUGUUGCCCAUGGUUCUGUCCCAGUGUCGAGCACGUGCAGAUGCUCCUGGUCCUGGAGAGUGGCAGGAGGACUCUGGUCUGGGCCUGUACAGAGCUCCUGAGGAGGGAGUCACAAUGGGCACCGGGGCCACAUACUCCUCACAGUCUGUGACCCUCGAAAAAAAGGUGACCGCUUUAGAAAACAUCGUGUGCGUCCUGAAUCGCGAAGUGGAGCGCAGUUCGGUUACACUGGAGGCUUUUUCGCAUCAACAUCGUUUAGACCAAGAGAAGAUUGAAAGUUUAUCCAACAAGGUACGGCAGCUGGAGAGGAUGGUGAACAUGAAGGACUUGCAGCUCUCUGAGAGUGAACAGCUGGUGCGAGAACUCCAGCAUUGCACCUACGAUGGGAUAUUUGUCUGGAAAAUCACAGACUUCUCACGCCGCAGACAGGACGCCGUGGCAGGACGAACGCCUGCCAUGUUCUCACCUGCUUUUUACUCCAGUAAAUAUGGCUACAAAAUGUGUCUGAGGCUGUAUCUGAACGGCGACGGAACCGGCCGAGGGACGCACCUCUCUCUGUUCUUCGUCGUGAUGAGGGGCAGGUUUGAUGCGCUGCUGAAAUGGCCUUUCAGUCAGAAGGUGACUCUGAUGCUCUUGGAUCAAAACAACCGGGAGCACAUCAUCGACGCGUUCCGCCCCGACAUCACCUCCACGUCCUUCCAGCGGCCGAUCAGCGAGAUGAACAUCGCCAGUGGGUGUCCGCUGUUCUGUCCGCUCGCCAAACUGGCCGGCAAAAGCCCGUAUCUGAGAGAAGACACCAUUUUCAUCAAAGCCAUUGUAGACCUCACAGGCUUGUAAAGUGUAGACUGUGGAAGCUGCACCAAAGUUUCAGGAGGGAAAAAACAGACAAACACAAUAAGUAAUUACUAAUGAUGUUAAAUACUGAUAAUAUAGAUAUAUAUAUAUACACACAAAUAAUUAUUACUAUAAAUAUCUGAGCAUGAUAUUACAUGACAUGAUAAAUAUGUUGAGACAUUCUGCUGGAUUGUAUAUAGAUACAACUAAAAUAAUCUUAUUUUAUAUAAUAUACAUAUAUAAAAGUUAUGUACAAGUAUAACCUAUAUAAGUACAUACUUAAAAAAAUGUAUGUUGGGAAGUCUCCUUCAUUAACAUACAAUGUUUAAAAAACUAUCCAUCACACGUGUUUGUGUGGGUGUGUGUGUAACACAUUAAUCAUUUAUCAUCAAUCGUCUCCUCCUUGUGCACUGAAAAUAACUUUGGCGUCUAUUAAUCUUUCCAAAAUAGUAAUCUCAGUGUAAGUGCACCCAGCUUCAAGUUAAACUUUAAUAAACUUUAACUUUUAACAAGUUAAAAAAUAAUCCCUUUUAAAUGUGCUCUGCACAUUAUACAAAACGCUUACACAAAAAUGUUACUCUAUAGCUCGUAUCUAGAAAUAUAGCAAUAUAGCAGUGCAGUUGUGAUUAAUAUAAAAAAAAUGUAUUUUUUGCUUAACCAAAAUUCCUGUUACAUAUUACUGUUUAUCUAUUUUUAUUUCCUUUACUUAUUUAUUUUUAUUAAAUGGAUGAGAGAAGGCACAGUAUGUGUAUAGGGUGACAGCAGAUGUGACAGUUGGGGGUGGCGGUGGGUUCUCGGUGGGGUGAGGACAGUCGUGAGCUACGUGAAGUCAUUUUUGGUGGUGGUGUAUUUUCCUUCCUGUUUUAAUAUCUUUGUGAAUACAGAGCGCACUUGUACCUUUAUGAUUUAUUUUGAUAAAAAAGCAAUAAAAUCUGUCAGAAAAAAAACAAACAAAAAAAAACUAAACAUUAACGUUCCUACUGACAUUCAGUUCUACUCAUAUCAAAUAUUUAUUUUCAAUUAAUUCUAUGAUAUGUAGGGGUUUUUCUUUGUAUUGGAAAUUUGCAGUAUUUUUUGGAUUAUAUAUUUAUUCCAUUGUAAUCAUACUUCGGUGUAGAAAUUAAAAAAAAAAAAAAAAAAAGAUCUGGGAGCCUGAAUCUGGAUAAAAUAAUCUGUAAUUCAGGAGAUUGUUUAAUGCUAUAAAGAUUCAUGCAUCAUAUUUCACAAUUGCAUCACUUGUUGCUGCUGUCCAAAAAUGUCUUGCUUUUCAUUUCUUAGUUCUUAUUUGCCAAUAUUCACCAUCAUUUUCUUUUGUCCUAAAUGUUAUUAAACUGAAAUUCUUGCAAACUAAAAAAUAAACUAACUUCCCACUGCAAUAGGAAAACCUUUUUACUGUAUUCUUUUACCUUGUCGACACAGUUUAAAACGCAGUAGUCUUUUAAAAAAAACCUGUAGAAAUUUGAUUCAUUCCACAGAAAACUGCACUCAUUUCACAUUAUUGUCACCAUUCAACAACAGUGUGUGAUGAACUGGAUUAAAACUUGAAAAUGAAUAUUUUCCACUGCUACAUAGAUAAAAACAGACGCCUAUAGUCACCCAGACUGUCGUGUGUCGGCUGCAAAGUGCUGAUGGAAACAUCCACCACACACUAACCUACUACGUCACGUAAAAAAAAAACAAAGUGGUUAGUUUGAACCACUAUAUUUAGUUUAGUUCCUGUUGACAUGAACGUGGUGUACUGUUCCUCAGAACACAUUCCUACAAAAUGUAGGUCACCCCUGUCAAAAGCUACAUUGCAUUGUAAUGUCUGCGCCUUCUUGAAGCAGCGGACUUAGAUGAACACAUCUUUCCUGUUUUUCUGUCUAAUGUUUUUUCUGGUUUUUCUGAGUAAUUUUUUCCUGUCUUUCUGAGUCAUUUGUUUCUGUUUUUCGUGCUACUUUUUUUCCCCUCCUGUUUUUCGGAGUAAUUAAAAAAGUAUACAAGUAAUCUUGUAUAAUAAUAUAAAAAUCUUGUAUCCGUGGAGCGUGCCAUAUCUGUCCAGCUGAUCAUGGAGAAACAUUGCUAUGUCUAACAUAUCAGAAUGAGCUUUCCUUCUGAACAACCGCAAAGCUCUCAGGUGCCUGCGUAAAGUCAACAAUAACCAUCUGUGUGACUUAAUGACAGGACUAUCUCCCAGUGUCUUAAACCCAGAUCAAAGUCAAACUUGAUUCAACUAAAAAAGCCUUAUUGUUUAUUAAUGUUUAUUGUUUCGAAUGCGCUCUAAACUAGCACAAAAAAACUGAAGAAAUAAAUACUCAGAAAAACCAACCACGAAAAAAAAAUUACUCAGAAAAACAGACUAAAAAUAAAUGAAUUACUCAGAAAAACAACAAACAUAUUUUUGUGAACGCAAUGCGCUUCAGUACUUGAAUGUGCAUGUGCGCAUUUUUACAUUCUAUCAGGCCGAUGAAAAAUGCCCUUAUAUUAUCAUUUUUAUUUUUAAAAAUGUUAUCAACUUUAUUUCUGAAGAGCCUAGCCAGGGACAGGUGUUGCAAACUAUACUAUACACAUAUACAUCAGAUGCAUGUUAUGUUCACUAUGUCUCACUGCAUUGUCCCUGAUAAAUAAAGAUUCAUUGAAUUGAA